AAGGUUAGUUUCCCUUUUUCAUUUUCUUCCUUUGUACUCUUCGUACACUCUCCAUAGACUUCUUUCUUUUGACUUCUUGUGUUACAAAACGAGCUAUCUUCCUUUUGAUAGUUUUAUUGCAUGUCUUCAGUUUCUUGGUUUUUGAAGUUGGUUGAUAGAUAUAUGCAUUUGGUCUUAUGUUUUUGUUGUGAUUUGGAGCAUUUGCUUCCUCUGAUGCCUUGUUUCAAAAGAUAGUCUUUAGGAAAAGUGGGUUCUUUUUAGAGUUUUGCUUGUUUUGGUCUUAGUUCUCAGAUCAAGUUUGAUCUAUUUUCUUGUUCCAUUGUGGUUUUUAUGUCCUUUCUGUUGUUGGGUAUUUCUCAAGGUUUCCACUUUUACAAUUUUAUUGAUUCAAUAGCUUGAUCUAGGCAAGUACUAGUGUUGGAUUUUUCUUCAGAUGGGUAGUGUUUUAAUUGGGCUUAACAAGGCAGUUUAAGCUGUUUGGGUCGAAUUCUUUGUAUUUGAUAGAGAGAGUUUGAGUUGUUGUGGUUUUGCUUAUAGCAUGGCCAUGGGGGAUUAUGAAUCUGUGGCUCCGCAAUUAGAAGGAGAGGAAAAUUUAAUUGCUGCGGCUAAACAUUUAGCGAGAGCAUUAGGUUCUAAUAAGAAUCUUACAAAAGAUGUGAAGAAAAUUUUGGCAGAUCUUGGUAGUCAAUUAUCUAGUAUGGCUACAAUUGAUGAUAACAUGGUUGAGGAUGGGAAAAGUGGGAUUCAAGAGCAGUUGAGUGUUGUUCAGGAGAAGAUUAUGAGUUGGGAGGCAGAUGAGUCUAUGAUUUGGGAUUCAGGUCCGGAUGAAGCUGUUGAAUAUCUGAAUGCAGCGGAUGAAGCUCGAAAGUUGACUGAGAGAUUAGAGAAUCAGUGUUUAAAUAGUGAAGAAGAGAAAGAGUUGUUACGUAGGGCUCAUGAUGUUCUUCAGAUGGCAAUGCAAAGGCUUGAGGAAGAGUUUAAGUACAUGCUUGUUCAGCAUAGGCAACCAUUUGAGCCUGAGCAUUUGUCUUUUCGUUCGAGUGAGGAUGAUGCUGUUGAUGAGAGCUCAAUAGUUUCUUUCGGAGAUGACUCUAUUGAAGAGUCAACCCCCCAAGAUAGCAUCAGCAGAACCUCAGAGGAGUAUAUCAUUGAUUUGGUUCAUCCAGAUGUGAUUCCUGAUCUCAAAGGCAUCACCAAUUUGAUGUUCAUGUCAAAUUAUGAUCAUGAGUGUUGCCAGGCCUAUGUCAUUGUUCGAAAGGAUGCAUUGGAUGAGUGCCUCUUCAAUCUUGAAAUAGAGAAACUGAGCAUCAAAGAUGUGCUCAAGAUGGAGUGGGGUAGCUUGAAUUCCAAAAUUAAGAGAUGGGUUAGAGCUAUGAAGGUCUUCGUGCGGCCCUAUCUUGCCAGCGAGAAGUGGCUCUGUGACCAGAUUUUUGCAGAGCUUGGAUCUGCUAAUUUGGUAUGUUUUGUUGAAGCGGCAAAGGCUUCAAUGCUGCAACUUCUGAACUUUGCUGAGGCCAUCUCAAUUAGCUCUCAUCAACCAGAAAAGCUAGUUCGAAUACUAGACAUGUAUGAGGUGCUUGCAGACCUUCUUCCUGAUAUUGAUGCAUUGUUUUUAGAUGAGGCUGGUUCUUCUGUUAGAAUUGAUUAUCAUGAGGUUUUGGAGAGAUUGGGUGAUACUGUAAGAGCAACAUUUGUUGAAUUUGAGAAUGCCGUUGCAUCAAACGCAUCAACAAACCCUUUUGCAGGAGGCGGAAUUCACCAUCUGACCAGAUAUGUUAUGAAUUACCUUCGGCUUCUUGCAGACUAUAAGGAUACCCUCAAUUUGCUCCUCAAGAACCACGAUGGAGCUGCUGUUUCCCAGAUCUCCCCUGACAUGAGUCCAGCUACAGAGGAGGAAAGUAUGAGUAGAGAUUUCUCGGGCAGUUGUUCUCCAAUGGCUCUCCACUUCCGAUCACUCACUUCUAUUCUUGAAGCCAACCUCUACGAUAAAUCCAAAUUAUACAGGGAUGCGUCCUUGCAACACUUAUUUUUGAUGAACAACAUACAUUACAUGGCUCAAAAGGUUAAAAAUUCAGAACUCAGGCUUAUAUUUGGGGAUAAUUGGGUUCGAAAGCACAACUGGAAAUUCCAACAGCACGCAAUGGACUACGAGAGAGCUACUUGGAGUUCAAUUCUUUCUUUAUUGAAGGAUGAUGGCAAUUCCAGCUCCAGUUCUGUCUCAAGGACCCUUCUCAAGGAAAGAUUGCGUAGCUUUUAUGUUGCUUUUGAAGAGGUUUAUAAAACACAGACGGCAUGGCUUAUCCCAGAUGUUCAGCUCCGAGAAGAUUUAAGAAUUUCAACAUCCCUGAAAGUGAUCCAGGCUUAUCGGACAUUUGUGGGAAGACAAAUGUCCCACAUCGGUGAGAAACACAUCAAGUACAAUGCUGAAGAUCUGCAGGAUUACUUGUUGGACCUCUUUGAGGGAUCCCAAAAAUCAUUGCAUAAUCCUCAUAGGAGGUGAAACCAUGGUAGCAAUGUUAGGCACAUACACGAUUGUAUCUUUUACAGAUGAAAGGCUUCCAUUGUACUUGUAGCUUUUUUACUUUGAUCAAUAAGCAGGUGGGUUAACGCAAAUCCCACCUGUUGAAAGUGUCUCUCUCUCAAUUAGCUUCCCAAUACGUGUGAACUGAGUGAAAAGAAAAUGAUUUCACUGUUUGUAAUCUUAUUGUUGUAAUGUGAUCGAUCCAAUUGGAGGCUGGAAAUUUCACCAAUGUCAUUUGUCUUGGAUU